AGAAAAAUGUCAUAAUAUUAUGAACAACAACCAAAAAAAGCCCAAACAUCCAUCCAUCCAUCUUAUCCUCAUUGGGGUCCUGCUGGAGCCUAUCCCAGCUGGCGGGGUACACCCUGCACUGGUGGCCAGCCAAUGGCAGGGCACAUACUGCACACGUGUCGACAGACAAGCGUUCACUCUCACAUUCACACCGAUGGACAAUUUACAAGCUAACUGCAUGUUUUUGGAAUGUGGGAGGAAGUCGGCGUACCCGGAGAAAACGCACGCACGCACGCACGCACGCACGCACGCACGGGGAGAAAUGGUUUCACUUCAUUCUCGUAACAUUGUAACUUUUUCCGGAACCUACAUUUCCAAAAUUACAAGUCUAUUCAUGAUUUGGUUUGUCUUUCAGAAUAUUCCAUCUUUGUAAAUAUUUAUUAUACUUUUCCAUCACGACAACCUUUUUUGUGUUAGAUUUUUUUUCUCCUUAAAAUCUUGACUUUAUUCUUGGAAAAUGACUGUGGAUGUUUCCAUAUUUGUUGUUGGGGUUUUUUUCUUGUUAAAUUGUAUUUUUUUAAAUGUGCUGCGGGCCAAUAAAAUGAAAAAAGGCCCCCAGGCCGCACUUUGGACACCCCUGCUUUAAUAAAUAGAUAUUUUAAUAAUCCCCUUGGGGAAAUUCAGGCAUCCCUAUGCCUCUAUUUAAUGACACAUUUCCACAAAAUAGCAUAGACAUUGACCACACUUUAUUAAGAUGUGUAGCGAAGCCUGCUUCGUCACAAAACUGUCCUCUGGAGCGGUGGCCGUAUACAGUACACGGGGCGGGUCAAGGACGCCUAACAUGACGUUUUCUUUUUCCGACGUGUCCGUUUUAGUUUUCUGGUUGUCUUUCCCCGUCGCGGGCAGACUGGCGCCUGCCGGGCUGCCUGGGACAGCCUGAGUGCCACCAUGAAGAUGAGCUUCCAAAAGGGCUGCAAAUGCCAGAUCGCUCGCCGCCACUCCUUCCCGUGCGGAAGCAGCAGCCCAGCCGAGUGCUUGUGGACUGACUUCCUCCUGCGUGUAACCCAUAAAGGGUUUGAUGGACAUUAAAUAGCAGUAAAAACUCCACCUGAAGAAGAUGGCAAAGUCAGCAAAAUAAAUCAUCUCUUUGGAAGAAAGCAACGCUGAGCGUGCGGGUGUUUUCCAUGUUGAGGUUGCAUUUGUGAAAAGUGACGAUUGAUAGCACCUGAGGGUGGGAGAUAAUUGUGUGAGUGAAGGUGAACCAGGUGAAGGCAAUCAUCCAAUUAAGAGUGUGGGAGGAGCUUCCAGCAAUAAAGGCUGCUGACCCCCCCCAAGAAAGUUCACCAGAAUUCUCCUCCAACUGCAAGCCCUGUCUUCUUAGCGCCAUUUCACGCAUGAUGAGUUGUACGGUGAUGAAUUUGGUGCUCCCGCUGGUGCUGCUGUGCACGUGGCGGCUGCAAGAAGGAGCACAAGCCUGCUCGUGCCUUCCUGUGCAUCCGCAGACGGCGUUUUGCCAAGCAGACGUCGUCAUCAAGGCCAUGGUGGUUUCAAGGAAGGAUGUUGGUGGAUUUGACAAACCCAUCAUGUACCACAUCAAACAGGCCAAGACAUUCAAGAGCCCUCACAGCCGUGUGGAUGCCGUCUACACUGCAGCCUCCUCUGCAGCCUGUGGAGUGACUCUGACCAAGGGUGUAGAAUAUCUGAUCACAGGCCGACUGGCGUCUGACAGGUCUCUGCACAUCACUCUGUGCGACUUCAUUGCUCCCUGGGACACCCUGAGUUCUUCCCAAAAGGUCGACUUGGUACAGCGCUAUAAAAGUGGCUGCAAUUGCCAGAUCACUCCCUGCCACGCCACCCCGUGCAGGAGCAGCAGCCCAGACGAGUGCUCGUGGACCGACUUUCUGACAAACUCGGGCGAUAUGCAGCUGGCCAAAUAUUUUGCUUGUCUGAAGACGCGUCACGGCCCUUGUGCCUGGUUCAGGGGGGCCCCAUUGCCCACAAAGAAUUACAUGGGCACUAAAGGCCGUUAA